AGGGUGUCAGAUGCGAACUUUUGCUCUCUGUAAAGGACAGUGUGUGUGUGACUGGACUUCACUUGGGCGAAUCCUCCCACCGCCGACUGUUUGAGAGAGACUGUGGAACUCGGAGCUUCCGAGGCGGUGCUCAGCUGGGUGUGUACGAUCCUCACCACACACAACGCACUUUCAGUCCUCAGUCCUCCGGCUCGUGUCCGUAACUCCGAGUCCGUUCCCGUUCGAUACGCUGCAGUCGGUCGUACCGCGCUGAAGGGACCCCGAUCCACCCUACGGACCGUAUCCACGCGACCCCAGCCCCCGUUCAUCAGGCACCAUGUCAUCUGCCACACACACAGACCUUAAGAAGGUGAAGGAUCUCAGCCCUGUUGAUUUUAUCCAGCUUCAGCAGUACAUGGACUAUAGCAGCAUGAAAGUAAAAGAUGUAAUGAAGGAGUUUGAGUCGGAUGGAAAGCUGGCUCAGCACCGUCAUGGAGAGAAAAUCACUGAAGAGGGGUUUUACCUCUUCUUAAAGACAUACUUGGAUGUAGAAGGCCUCCCCAUGGACCUGUGCCAGCGCCUCUUUCACUCCUUCCUGAACUGUGGGCAGUUGUCCUCUGAUUCGACGGCACUUACCACAGAACAGGCCAUCUUCCUUAAGGAUGUGUCAUGUUACUUCUCUCUGUUAGAGGAUGGACAACCUCGUGACAAACUUGAGUAUUCUUUUAAACUUUAUGACAAAGAUGGCAACGGAAUCCUGGACAGCAAAGAGGUGGACCGGAUCAUCACACAGAUGAUGAACGCUGCAGAUUACCUGGGUUGGGACGUGACUGAACUCAGACCAGUGCUGGAGGACAUGAUGGUGGCCAUGGAUGUAGAUAAAAGUGGCACGGUUUCGCUAGAGGAAUGGUUGAAUGGAGGGCUGAACAACACACCCCUGUUGGUGCUUCUGGGACUGAAGGCCACUGAGACGGAUGGACAGCAUUUGUGGAGAAUGAAAAAUUUCAAGAAGCCUGUUUACUGUAAUGUCUGUGAAAACAUGCUGCUGGGACUGUACAAACAGGGUCUUUGUUGCACUUACUGCAAGUGCAUUGUCCAUGGACGCUGUGCCAACAAGAACCCUUCACCCUGCAUUCACAGCUACGUCAAGUCCAAGCAGGAUAUAGGGGUACCCGCCCAUGCCUGGGUCAGUGGAAACAUCUCCGGAAAGUGUGAUAGUUGCCACAAGAAGGUCAAGAGCCACACAGGCCAGCACUGCAGGUGGUGCCAAGUCAAGUGCCAUAAUGAAUGCAUGUCUGAAGAGCCAACAGGGUGCAGCUGUGGGCCCCUAAGGGACCAUAUUCUGCCCCCUUGGGCUAUCAAGGAGGAUCCAAAGAGCCUUCAGACAGGUUCCUGGAACAGUAAUCUCCAAAACAGCACAUGUGAUAGCCAUCUUCUGCAGAUUAUACCUGUUCCAGGCACACACCCUCUGCUGGUUUUUGUGAACCCCAAAAGUGGAGGUAAACAGGGUAAGAGAGUUCUGCGUAAAUUCCAGUACCUGUUGAAUCCUCGUCAGGUGUUUAACCUCUCUAAUGGAGGGCCAGGACCAGGGCUCAGUUUCUUUAGGGAUGUGAAGGACUUCAGGAUCUUGGUGUGUGGUGGAGAUGGCACUGUAGGCUGGGUUCUAGAUGCCAUAGACAAGGCUAAUCUCCCAGUGCGUCCCCCGGUGGCUGUGCUGCCUCUGGGCACAGGGAAUGAUUUGGCACGUUGCCUCAGAUGGGGAGGAGGAUACGAUGGCACUGACCUGACUCUGAUCCUGAAAGAAAUUGAGGCUGGCUCUAGUGUCCUCAUGGACCGCUGGAGUGUGCAGGUGAUUCCUGAGGACAGCCAAGAGGAAGGGGAUCCAGUACCUUAUGAGAUCAUCAACAACUACUUCUCAGUUGGUGUGGACGCCUCAAUUGCGCAUCGGUUCCACACAAUGAGAGAGAAAUACCCACAGAGAUUCAACAGCAGAACAAAGAACAAGCUUCGAUAUUUGGAGUUUGCCACUUCUGAGACCAUCUCUGCAUCCUGCAGGAAGCUGAAGGAAUGUCUUACAAUAGAGUGUUGCGGGACCCCUCUUGACCUGAGCAAUCUUUCCUUGGAAGGAAUAGCAGUUGUCAAUAUUCCCAGCAUGCAUGGUGGCUCCAACUUGUGGGGGGAGCCCAAGAAAGUAGACAGUAAAGAGCUAGCUGACCUGGAACCACAGGAAGUCAUUCUCAACUACAAAGAGUUGAAAGUGUCUGCUCAAGAUCUCAGUGACAAGCGGCUGGAGAUAGUUGGACUUGAGGGGGCAAUAGCAAUGGGACAGAUCUACACUGGACUGAAGAGCGCUGGGCACAGGCUAGCAAAAACCUCACAAAUCACAAUAAGGACACGGAAGCAGCUGCCUAUGCAGAUUGAUGGGGAACCAUGGCUACAGCCCCCUUGCACAAUCCACAUCACCCACAAGAACCAGGCCAAUAUGCUGAUGGGCCCGACCACAAAAUCCUCUUUCUUCAGCAACAAGUAGGAUCACUUCUGCCCUGCCUUGAACGGAAACAUGCUUCAGCUGGAUCCAGUUGCUACGUGUGGAGGUUUAAGCCACUUUGAAAUUUGUUUAGUACAAUUUGUGAUAUAGGGAUAUCUAACCAAACAUGGAAUGAAAUCGGUCAGCCUUAUGUUUAAUUUGGAUUAUUGUAAGGAUUUAUAAAGCCAUUUUCAUUCUCCUUUUCAAGACAGUUAAUAUCAAAAUCUUUAGUCAGUUACCGUACUAGAUGACUUGGUUACCACUAAACUGUAUCAAACAGACAGUCAUUCCUUAUUGAAGAAUCUGAUGUUUCACAUACUCAUGUAUGGCCUGAGUGACCACAUUAACCAUACAUUUUAUUGAUUUUUCCAUUUGUAUUUUGUCACUGAGCUCCUUACCUUUUUUUUAUUUUUUGUUACUGUUGUAAAGUUCUUCCAAAGACAGAUGCAGAGUUACACCUGUCAUGCAAUAAACAUAAUGAAAAAUUUGUGAAUGUAUUUAACCCAAAUUGCUGAUUUCUCUUCUAUUAAAGGUCAGAUAUGAUCUAAAUUGUACCCUA